CUUCAAGCCUUGGGUUUGGGGGUCAGGGGGGGCUCCGGCCUCGGGGGUCCUUGGGGAGCAGCUGCCCCGUGAGGGGGGUCCCACGGGGGGGUCCCACCCUGGGUUUGGCCGUGUCCCACCCGUGGAGGUGAUGCUGGUGACAGAAGAUGGCACUGGGGCUGGCGCCGAACCUCCUCCUCUUCCUCCUCUUCCUCCUCUUCACCGCGCCAGCCUGGGCAGAAGAACCCCCACCCUUGGAGGUGACCGGAGCCGUGGGCAGGGUGGCCUUUCUGAACCCCCGCAGCCCCCAAAAUCCCUUAAAAUACUCCCAAAUCCACUGGUGCUGGGAAAACCAGCUGAGAAUCGCCAGCAGGAAACGGGGGGAGGAGCCCACGUACCCCCCGAGCCACUUUCGGGGCCGCCUGGAGCUCCUGGACAACAGCACCCUCAAAAUGAGCCCCCUGGGCCUCGGGGACAGCGGCGAGUACCACCUGUACCUGGGAGACACGGGCAGGCAGAGCAUCCAGAAGGUCCAGCUGCAGGUCUACGACCUGGUCCCGAAGCCCCGCGUGACCGCCACCACCAACGGUGACCCCCAGCAGUGCAACGCCACCCUGAGCUGCUCCGUGGGCCUCCAAGGGGUCACCUACGAGUGGAUCCCACCCCCGAAGGCCCUGAUGAAGGAGGGCCCGGUCCUAGAGGUCUCCUUCAGCCCCACGGUGGACACCUACGUGUGCAGGGUCAGCAACCCCGUGUCCUCCAGCAAUGCCUCGCUGACCUUCCGGCCCCCCUGCAGCUGGACAGGUACGGCCACGGCCGGACACAGCACCAGGGAGGGCUGGCCUGGGCUUUGGGGUGUCCCCACAGGGGUUUGGGGGGCAUCUGGGGACUCUCAGAGCGAUCCCACAGAGUUGUUUGGGUUGGGAAGGAGCUCUGAGGUCAUCGGUCCAAUGUGGGGCUGA